GUAGUCACGAUGGGUUUGCUCGAGCAGUGUGAGGAGCUCUUCAAGACCUCCAACUUGUAUGAAGUGCUGGGAAUAAACAAGGAAGCGAACGAGGCAGAUAUUCGAAGGAGCUACUACAAAGUGUCGCUCAAAGUACACCCAGACAGAGCCCCCGAAGACCCUCAAGCGACAGAAAAAUUUCAGGUGUUGGGUAAGCUGUAUACAGUGCUGACUGAUAAGGACCAGCGAGCUAUUUACGAUGAGCAGGGAGUGGUGGACGAAGAGUCUGAUGUCCUCAGUCAAGACCGCUGCUGGGAAGACUACUGGAGACUGCUCUUCCCGAAGAUCACAGUGGAAGACAUUCUUAAGUUUGAAAAGAAUUAUAAGGGCACAGAAGAGGAGCGGGCAGAUGUGAUCCGGCUUUACGUGCAGCAUAAGGGAGACAUGGAUGCCAUCAUGACUUCGGUUCUGUGCUGCUCUCAGGAAGAUGAGCCGAGGUUUUGCAGCAUCGUUCAGGCUGCUAUAGAUAGUGGAGAAGUGGAAGCCUUCCCAGCAUUUACUCAGGAGAGUAACAAGAAAAAGAGGGCUCGCAGGAAGAGGGCUGACAGAGAGCGACAAGAAGCAGAAGAGAUGCAAAAAGAGAUAGGACUUGAUGGUCAGGAUGACAGUCUUGUCUCAAUGCUAAAGCAGCGACAGCAGUCCAGAGGGAAUAAUUUUAACAGUUUUCUGUCUGACCUGGAGGCAAAAUAUUCCAAAAAGAGUGCACAACCACCGAAAGGAAAAAAGGGGAAAAAGUGA